GUUAUGGUUGUUCUCUGAUAGCUGCCUUGAUAGGUUUCUUCUUUGCCAUCAUUAUCCACCCAUCUCCUCGAUUUUGUUUUGUGAACCCAUUACAUUGCUCUCCAAACCGAAAAGGGUAUUUGUGUACUUUGAAAAAAAAAGGAUUUGAAGGGUCUUUUGUUUGUGGGUCGAUUUUGUACUUGGCAAAGGCUGUCACACCUCAAACUCUUGAUUCUCUUCUGAGCAUUUCCAGUAAAAUAGGAAGAAGAAACACUUUGUGAUCACCUCUCCUCGGCCGCUAGAUCUGAACAUAUUUGGGUCUUCCUUGAUCAUGGAAUGCGGCACUAUUUGUGAGGUAAUCUGUUUUGAGUAACUGAUUUUAGUGCUUUUUGAUUGCUGGGGUCAAUUUGGGUUUUAUUUGUCAAUGGAAGAAAAUCGAAACAGGAAGUUCGUCUGCAAGUUUUGUCACAAAAGAUUUCUGUGCGGCAAGGCCUUGGGUGGUCACAUUAGGUCUCAUAAAUAUGGACACACAAUUGAAGCAGAGGAAGCCAAGAUUAACAAAAUUAAGAGCAAGAGUUAUAUGGGUGAUGAAUCUGGUCUGCAAUCUGGUUAUGUGCUUGGAGAGAAUCCCAUUAAAUCAAGGAGGCUUUCGGAUUCCAGCAUCACUAGUUUAAAUCAAGAAAAAGUGUGCAAAGAAUGUGGUAAAGGUUUCUCAUCAUCGAAGGCUCUUUGUGGUCACAUGGCUUGUCAUUCAGAGAAAGAAAAGAAUAAGAUCAGAAAGAAUCGGUUCAAGGAUCAUUCUGGGUCUGGUGGAAAUCUGAAACUCAUAAGUGAUCACCAGUUAGAGACCGAGACAUCGGGUCCGGGAGGGCAGAGGAGGUCUAAGAGAUUAAGGUACAAGACUAUUGGUGUUUACCCUUCUCAGUUUUCUUUGUCAAAUGGUUCUUUAUCUGCUUCUGAUAUAGAGCAAGAACAGGAAGAGGUUGCUAUUUCUUUGAUGAUGCUGUCUAGGGAUUUUAGAUAUAGAGGAUGUCCUGAUUCAGUUGUGGAAUCUUCAGAGAAUCAUUCAGUGACUUUGGAUGCUAAAUCUUCAUCUAUUGACAUGAAAAUCGAUUCAAAGAAUGGUUUUAAUUGUGGAACUGUUGGUAAUGAGUUUGUGGCUCUGAAGAGAACAAGAGAUGGGAAUUUCAAAGGUUCUGAACCUGGACUUUCUGAGAAUUCUGAUUCUGGGUAUUUCAGAAAUGAACCCAGGAAAGUUGAAUCAGAUGUUUCUGUUGAUGGCUUUCACCGGAAUCUUAAAAUUAAGAAGCCAAAUGGGCAGUUUUGUUCUCAAUUCGAGCAUUCCGACGCUGAAAUGGGGAAAGGCUUAAUCAAUUAUAAGUGCAAGAAGUUAGAAUUUUUGGAGAAGGAUAUGAUUGGGGAAGAGGGGUGUGAAGAAGUUGAUAGAGCUUCAAUGAAGCAUGAUUCGAGGAUUAGAGUUGAGAAUGAAUAUGAGAGCUUGACAUCACGCCAUUCUCUUGGAGGACGGAGGGCUAGUCACAACAAGAUUAACGGUUGCUGUGGAUCAAUGAAUGAAAUUAGCGAAGACAGCAUCGAUGAUGAAUAUGUUCCUACUUUUAUUGUUGAUCCUACAACCGUAGACACUUUCAGAAAGAAAAAGCCUCUUGAGCAAGACCUUUCUGAAAAUGUUGAGAAGAAAAUGGUGUCAAAGAAAGGGAAAGUGCAUGAAUGCCCUAUCUGCUUCAGGGUUUUCCGGUCCGGUCAAGCUUUAGGUGGUCACAAGAGGUCCCAUUUUGUCGGAGGUUCGGAGGAUAGAAGUGUUGUGAUUGAGCAAGAACCAUCCGAGAUGCCUAGUCUAAUUGAUCUCAACCUUCCUGCCCCGAUUGAAGAAGAGGCAUACAUGCCGUGGUAGGUUUCAAGAACCACAGGCAUGAGGUUCUGCUGCUUGUGAUCUCUAACUGAGAAACUUUUUUGGUCACAGUGGCCUGAGGAUAUGCUAGAAUGUACAGACAAAUUGGUCAGUGUCUGCUUUUCUUUUUUUGCUUCAAAUUCAAGGUUGUCGAGCAAGGUAAGCGUUCUUUUACCGCGCAUCAGUUGGAAGAUCCAGUUUCAUAUUGCAGUAGGAGCAUUUCUGCUUAUUUCCUUUGUCAUUUGCAGAUUUCAUGUUUCAUUUCUUUGGUUGUUUAAAGUUCAGUUCUUUGUUUUCUUUUGAAUCAUAAUCCAAUGAAACUGCAUCUGCUAUGUGGAUUUUUCUCUGUCCUUUUUGCUCCAAUUGAAAGCAGAACUCUUUUGUAGACAGGAGUACUUCCAAAGUAAAA